GAUUGUGCGACUAGAGGAGACCAGGGCGGGUGGGCAAUGCGCGAACGAUUUCGCUCAUAGCCGAUGAGUGGCGUUCGCGGUUUUGUGUGGUUCCAUUCGCGAGUUGACCACGCAACGCAGCGGUUUGGUGUUUUUUGGGGUGCUAGAAUUGUGGCGCGAUCAGUUCUUCGAACGGUUCUAACGAGCAGUGAGAAGAAGGAUCCAGGACCCAGUGUUGAGAAAACCCUACACAUACACAAUGAAGGGUGCCGUGCCUCCGUUCGAUAUCGUGACAGAACCGGCGUCAGCUGAGCUGCUCGAGGUGUCACGCCGUGAGCUACGCGAAACACCGGAAGUCCGCGAGGAAGCCAUCCAGCGAUUGCGUGAACUACUGCACAAUGCCACCGACCUGCACUACGCCGAUGACGACGACUUCCUGCUCAUCUUUCUGCGCCCGUGCCAUUUCUACCCGGAGAGUGCCCUCAAAAUGAUGCGAAGAAUCGCCGAUUUCAAGAAAAAUAACUACCCUCUCAUGCACAACCUGUCACCGGAGGAUGAGAAGGUGUCGUUCGUUGAUCACAAGAUCGUGAACGUACUGACGAACCGCGAUCAGAAGGGCCGUCGCAUACUGAUCGUCAGCUGUGGUGCCGUUUGGGACCCAAAAGCGGUCACGGCCGAGAAGCUGUUCCGGAUGUUUUACUUGGUACACCUGGUAGCGCAGCUCGAGCCAGCCACACAGGUCAACGGUGUCGUGAUCGUGAUGGACUUCGAGGGCCUGUCGCUUAAGCAGGUCCGUGGACUUUCGCCCUCUUUCUCGAGGCUGCUACUAACGUUCCUGCAGGAGGCCGUACCACUGCGCAUGAAGGAGUUCCACAUCGUGAAGCAGCCGUACAUUUUCAACAUGGUCUGGACGCUGUUUAAGCCCUUCAUCGGAGACAAGCUUAAGAAGAGGCUCUACUUCCACGGAAGCGACAUGAAGAAGUUGCACAAACACAUCGAUCCGGCAGAUCUUCCGAAGAACUACGGUGGCACGCGACCUGCGCUGGAUUACGGUUCUCGCGAGUGGUAUCCUUGCAUCGAGAAGUACACCGAACAUUUCCAGCGCUGGAACGGGUAUGGAUACGCGGCCGGACCUUGAGCCUUGCGUGUUUCAUCCCACACCUUGCCAUCUUGCCAUCCAAAGAGAGGCCAAACACUACUUAUACACCUCCUCCUCCAUCAAGUAGCAUUAAGCGACGUGGCCGCUGUACGGAACCACCAGCACUUCUAAGUGCGAAGUUCGAUAGGCCGUGCGAUAAGCAAUCGAGCCUCUACAAAUCAUGAGAUAAGCUCACUUCGGGGUGGCCGCUCGAAGGACGAACGGACGCCAUCACUUACAAGGCUCCACAAUGGAGCGCAACGGGAUCAAACGGGACACUAUUAGCGAUUAGGGAAUUAGGGCCGCAUGAUUCGGGAUACGAUCGCCGAUGUUGCCGGUGUGACCUUCGCGAAUUACCUAUGCCGACAUGCGGGAUUUGGGCGUAAUCCUUUUUCACGCAUGUGCGUGCUUCGUGCGGUGGUAUAGUUAUAAAUUAAAUAUAUUGACUUCG